CACCACAACCGGUCAACUGUCAACUGUCAACACCUCUACCAUUGCCACAAGAGCGAGUGGGAGAGUGGGCAGAGGAACAUGGCAGAGAGACAGGGUCUGAGAGCGGAGUCCAGCCACUUCACCCUGCAGGGGGCCCCCUUUCGCAUCUUGGGGGGGUCCAUCCACUACUUCCGCGUGCCCAGGGGCUACUGGCGGGACCGUCUGAUGAAGAUGAAAGCAUGUGGAUGCAACACGCUAAGCACGUACGUUCCUUGGAAUCUACAUGAGCCUGAGAGAGGCCUUUUCAAUUUCAAAGACAACUUGGACCUAGAGGCCUUCAUCUCUUUGGCAUGUGAACUGGAGCUAUGGGUCAUCCUACGACCAGGACCCUACAUCUGUGCCGAGUGGGAUCUAGGAGGGUUGCCCAGCUGGCUCCUACGAGACAAAGAUAUGAAACUGAGAACAACCUACCCUGGCUUCACUAGAGCUGUGAGCUCCUACUUUGACAAGCUCAUACCCAGAAUUGCAAAUCUUCAGUUCAGCCACGGAGGCCCAAUCAUCGCAGUCCAAGUGGAAAAUGAAUAUGGAUCCUACUCUAAGGAUGCUGCUUACAUGAAAUACAUUAAAAAGGCUUUCAUGUCUAGGGGUAUAACAGAGUUGCUACUGACGUCAGAUAACAGGGAAGGCCUCAAGUGUAGUGGGCUAAAUGGAGUCUUGAGAACCAUCAAUCUCCAGAAGAUUUCAUACGGAGCUCUGCAGUCCUUGGCUGACAUGCAGCCUGAAAGACCGUUGCUUGUGAUGGAGUACUGGUCUGGUUGGUUUGAUGUUUGGGGCGAUUCUCACCAUAUCUUCCCAGCAGAAGACAUGAUUGCUGUGGUGACAAAGCUUCUGGAACGUGGUGCUUCAAUCAACCUCUACAUGUUCCAUGGAGGAACAACCUUUGGCUUCAUGAAUGGAGCAGUCGAUUUUGGCACCUACAAACCUCAAAUUAGCAGCUAUGACUAUGAUGCUCCCUUGUCAGAGUAUGGAGACUACACAUCAAAAUAUAACCUGCUCAGAGAGCUGUUGAAAACCUACAAUAGUGAGCCCUUGCCCGAUCUUCCACCUCUUCAAGGUAGACAAGCUUAUGAACCUGUGCUUAUGUCUCAUCACAUGUCACUGUGGGACUCUCUGGCCUAUGCUGAAAAGCCUUUCAAAUCAGAGGAGCCAAUCAGCAUGGAGAACCUUCCGGUCCACAAUGGCAAUGGCCAAUCAUAUGGCUACACACUUUAUGAGACAACCAUUCAGAGCGGAGGGAGCCUCAACUCACGAAACAACAUUCGUGAUAGAGCCUUGGUGUUUGUUGACAAGAAGUUCACUGGUAUUUUGGACUACAGGACACAGAGACUCACAAUACCAACAUCAAAGGAUACCAGGACCCUGAGUCUGCUUGUGGAGAAUUGUGGCAGAGUGAACUAUGGGGAGGCCUUGAAUUCCCAACGGAAAGGCCUUAUUGGGGAUAUUGUACUAAAUAACACUCCUCUGAAGGGAUUUUCAGUGCACUGUUUGGAUAUGAUGCCCAGUUUCCUAAAAGGAAUGCACGGGGGGAAAUGGAAGUCCAUGACAGAGACUACAACAUGUCCCGGGUUCUUCAAGGGCAUUCUACUUGUAGACGCCGGGGAACCUAAAGACACCUUCAUCAAAAUGCCUCAACAGGAAUGGAUGAAAGGAGUGGUGUUUGUGAAUGGGCAUAAUCUUGGACGAUAUUGGCAUGUCGGCCCACAAAAAGAACUCUACCUUCCUGCUCCUUGGCUAAAGAAAGGAAUUAACCAGAUUAUUGUGUUUGAAGAGCAAAAAUCUGCCGGGAGAAUUAAUUUUGCUGAGAAUCCAGAGCAUGGAAGAAUGAUUGAUGUGUCCAAACAUCCUUUCUGCACAAUUAUCUAGCAUAAAGAGGAUAAAUGCUCUGUCGAGUUUUGCUUCAACACUUGGGUCCAAAGAGUGAUGAUGAUGUGUUUUGUAUCAUAUUAGAGUCUUCAUGUGACCGAAUAACGUUCACUAACUGUAAUACUUUUCCUGCAAGUCAUGUUAACAUAAAAUAUGAAGACACAUUUUGGAAACAACAUGCCCUUGUAUCACACUUGUGCUUGUGGUCCAUAAUAAACAUAAACA